GCGAGCGUCGGUCGCUGCGGCAGCGCCAUCUUGGACAUCGACCACCGGCAGCGGCGAGUUUCAAUAGACCUUGACGUGAUGAAGAUUUGCAUAGAGUCCUUUUGUUUCUUUUGCUGACUACCAUGCUCUGCGGAGGCCGCAUGCUACUUUAGAAUUGCUAAAGACGACCACUGACAGUACACUGACAUCUGAUCUUCCUGCUUCGACGCUGAUACUCUGAUACGUCCUCAGGCAAUAGUCAAACACUACUUCCAUGGGCUCAUUUUUCAGCUUUUUGACCGCUGCUUACUAUGUUCCAAAGCUCUAUUUUGCUUCGUCUCCUGCCGUGGUAGCCGUAAGAAAGACGUUCAAUGGCAAGCAGGUAGACAGGAUAUCCCUCCGAGACCUGGUGCAGGCAAGAUGUCCCAGUCUGCUGAGUCCUUUCAAGCCAGUAUGGUGGCUUUUCAGUGGUCACCUACAAACGUUGUAUUGUGUUCUCGGUGACUUCUCCAAAAUAGAUAAGGUAGAAUACGAUAGAACCCUUCUCCGACUUUUGGACGGCGGAACAAUAGGAUUAGACUUCACGCCUUCUAUGAACGGAAGGACUCUGCCAGAUGAAACACCGAUUGUCGUAGUGCUGCAUGGCUUGACCGGAGGUUCUCAUGAGUCGUACGUUCGAGCAAUCCUAGCUCCGGCGUGCACACCUGUUGAGAAGGGUGGUCUAGGAUAUCGUGGAGUCGUUGUUAAUUUUCGCGGCUGUGCUGGAGUACCCGUCACAAGCCCCCAACUUUACUCUGCUGGGUUCACGAACGAUAUUCGCACGGCCUUGCUAUACAUUUCCAAACGAUAUCCGAAAGCUCCGUUGCUUGGUGUUGGUUUCUCUCUUGGAGCAAACGUCCUGACACGAUAUCUGGCCGAAGAAGGCGAGCAGAGCCGACUGAGGGCUGGUUGUGUAUUAGCAUGCCCUUGGGAUCUUCUCGCCAAUAGUGAAUUGAUGGAAGGUGACUGGUUCCACCGCACAACGUACUCAAGUGGUAUGGCUAGUAAUUUGAAGGUGCUACUCAAACGUCAUCAUGAUGAAUUCGCCAAAUUCCCUCAAUCCGAGCUUUACAAGGCCAUGCAAGUUCUCUUGACGGUUCCUAGGCCGUCCUUGAUCCAGUUUGAUGAUACCGUCACUUGCGUGGGUGGAGGACCUUCACCACCUUUCCCUUUUGCAUCUGGGCGUGAUUACUACGUAUGGGCCUCAAGCCACAAACUUCUUCCUCAAGUUCGUGUACCUUUCCUCGCGCUCAAUGCUUCAGACGAUCCGAUCGUCAAGGAGCUGCCCACGAAAGCCGGAGAAAGUGCCUUAAGUCCCUGGGUGGUCUUCUGCGUGACUGAAGGCGGUGGUCAUUUGGGUUGGUUCGAGAAGGGCUCGGGCCUUUUCUCAUUAAACCGCUGGAUGGGCAAACCUGUCAUGGAAUGGCUGAGAGUUGUAGGUGAGGAAGUGGCUGUGGAAGUGCGGGGCAAGGCACUUCAUGAAGUGAAUGGCUUCGUGAUGGAGGAAGGGAGAGAUGACAUCGGAUACAGGGAAAUUGGGAGCGGAGGACAUGUGGUCGGUGUCGAAGGUGAAGAAGGUCUGCUUGCAGGAUUAUGAAUACCAAAUAGAGAAUCCCCCACGUAAUAAUCCUUAUUUCUGAGGAUGAUAGAGAUGUUAUAGAUGAGCCUGAUGCAUACACUCGAAUAUACACUAGAGUUAUAGUUUUUAGUCGCUAUCGCUGAAAGUCGCUCCGCUUUCUUCCUCCUCCUCGUCUGGCGUUGCAGAACGCUCAUACUGACUGAUAUCAACCGAGACAGUACCUUCCUCUAGAAGACUGGCAUCCGAGACUGCCAAGCUCUUGUCACGUUCAAAGAGUUGCCGUC